ACGCGACACAAGUGCACAGCAGCAUUUCAGGCUAGAUUUGUUGCUAGCCACAGUGGACCAGCUGAAAUUUCACGGGAUGUGUGUGUAGAUGACAAUUUUACCUGCUUGUUACCCGACCUCUCCGAAGAUGUGUCGCUAAAUAAUGCGCUAACAUUGCAUCUACAGUGAGUUUGGAGACUCUCUUGUCAUCCCGGUCGUCAUGGAGAAGCCAUGGAGGUUAUGGGGGGCACUGGAGGCGUGUUUGCUGACCCUUUGCGCGUGGUCUUGGGGAGCCUGUCGCCUCUCCCUGCUUGCCCUCAUUCUGACCUUCCACCUAUACGGGGGCUUCAUACUGCUGGGACUCAUUUUGGCAUCUGUGGCGGGAAUCCUGUACAAGUUCCAGGACGUGCUGCUUUACUUUCCCGAUCAGCCAUCAUCCUCCCGCCUUUACGUUCCCAUGCCAACGGGAAUCCCGCACGAGAACGUGUACGUCCGCACUAAGGACGGCGUGCGGCUCAACCUCAUCCUGCUACGUUACACCGGUGAAAACCCUGCUUCCGCCCCAACCAUUUUGUAUUUCCAUGGCAACGCAGGGAACAUCGGCCACCGUGUGCCUAACGCCCUGCUUAUGCUGGUCAAUCUAAAAUCCAACGUGGUUCUGGUGGACUACAGAGGCUAUGGAAAGAGCGACGGGGAACCUAGCGAGGAGGGACUUUACCAGGACGCCGAGGCCACGUUAGAUUACAUCAUGACCCGGCCGGACAUCGACAAGACGAAAGUGGUUCUGUUCGGACGGUCGUUGGGAGGUGCGGUAGCUAUCCGUCUGGCUUCGGGCAACCCUCACCGAGUGGCCGCCAUCAUGGUGGAGAACACUUUCCUGAGCAUCCCGCACAUGGCGGCCACACUAUUUUCGUUCUUUCCCAUGCGCUACCUGCCUCUGUGGUGCUACAAGAACAAAUUCCUGUCCCAUAGGCAUGUGACAGGGUGCCGUAUGCCGUCUCUCUUUAUCUCGGGCUUAUCAGACCAACUCAUCCCCCCUGUAAUGAUGAAACAGCUGUACGAAUUGUCUCCGUCUCGGACUAAACGCCUUGGAAUCUUUCCGGAGGGUACGCACAAUGACACCUGGCAGUGCCAAGGGUAUUUCGCAGCUCUGGAGCAGUUUAUGAAGGAACUGCUUAAAAACCACGCCAGAGAAGAGACAGCCCAGGGUGCAGUUAAUGUCACUAUUAUAUAAAAAAUAACUGCUAUGAAUCUAAACCCUAUCAGAAUGUACAAGUUAUGCUUUUGUUUAUUCUUUUUUCCAACUCGUUAUGCUUUUUUUCAUUGAUCACACACAACAAGAAUUUAUUAUUUACUAUUUAAAUUAUGUCCUAAAGGAGGCCACCGGACGUCAUUGGGAUUUUUGAAUGCAUCGUUUAAUCACUUCUUACUUCUUUGUAAUUUUUACAUGGAAAUACAUCCACAUCGACUAACAAGUGUAUACACAAUGUCCUCACCAACUGCAAAUUAAAAAAACUAGAAAAUAAAAUUCGAUGAAUUUGGCUAUAUGUAUACAUUGUGUAGAUUAUUCUGGUAACGCUUUACAGUAAGGUUGUGUACUUUAAAACUUAAAGGGACAAUCCACUUUAAAAAAAAAAUAUGCUAAUUUUCUAUCUCCCCAGAGUUAAACAUUUGGUUUUUACUGUUUUGGAAUCCAUUCAACUGAUCUCCGGGUCUGAGGGGACCA